AUGGGUGAGAAAGAAGAGUUGGAUGAUGUGAUGAACAUUGUACCCAAGGGACAGAAAAUGUUGAUAGGAGCGGAUUUCAAUGGGCAUGUUGGUGAAGGGAACAGUGGAGACGAGGAGGUGAUGGGUAGGUAUGAUGUCAAGGAGAGGAAUGAAGAAGGUCAGAGGAUAGUGGAUUUUGCCAAAAGGAUGGACAUGGCUGUGGUGAAUACAUAUUUUAAGAAGAGGGAGGAACAUAGGGUUAUGUACAAGAGUAGAGGAAGAUUCACACAGGUAGAUUACAUCCUAUGCAGAAGAGUUGAUCUGAAGGAGAUUGAAGACUGCAAAGUGUUUGCAGGGGAAAGUGUAGUUAAGCAGCAUAGGAUGGUGGUCUGUAGGAUGACGCUGGAGAUCAAGAAGAGGAAGAGAGUGAGGGCAGAGCCAAGGAUCAAAUGGUGGAAGCUGAAAAAGGAAGACUGCAAGGUUGAGUUUAGGGAGGAGGUGAGACAGGCACUGGGUGGCAGUGAAGAGUUACCAGACAGCUGGGAAACUACAGCAGAUGUAAUAAGGGUGACAGCAAGAAGGGUGCUUGGCGUGACAUCUGGAAAGAGGAAGAAGGAAAAGGAAACCUGGUGGUGGAAUGAGGGAAUACAGGAGAGUAUACAGAGGAAGAGGAUGGCAAAGAAGAAGUGGGAUAGUCAGAGAGAUGCAGAAAGUAGACAAGAGUACAAGGAGAUAAGGCGCAAGGUGAAGAGAGAGGUGGCGAAGGCUAAAGAAAAGGCGAAUGAGUUGUAUGAGAGGUUGGACACUAAGGAGAGAGAAAAGGACCUGUACUGACUGGCUAGACAGAGGGACCGAGCUGGGAAAGAUGUGCAGCAGGUUAGGGUGAUAAAGGAUGAAGAUGGAAACGUACUCACAAGUGAGGAGAGUGUGUUGAGCAGAUGGAAAGAGUAUUUUGAGAGGCUGAUGAAUGAAGAGAAUGAGAGAGAGAAGAGGUUGGAUGAUGUAGAGAUAGUGAAUCAGGAAGUGCAACGGAUUAGCAAGGAGGAAGUAAGGACAGCUAUAAAGAGGAUGAAGAAUGGAAAGGCCGUUGGUCCAUAUAACAUACCUGUGGAAGUAUGGAGGUGUUUAGGAGAGAUGGCAGUGGAGUUUUUAACUAGAUUGUUUAAUGGAAUCUUGGAAAGUGAGAGGAUGCCUGAGGAGUGGAGAAGAAGUGUACUGGUGCUGAUAUUUAAGAAUAAGGGGUAUGUGCAGGACUGCAGUAACUAUAGGGGAAUAAAAUUGAUGAGCCACAGCAUGAAGUUACUGGAAAGAGUAAUGGAAGCUAGGUUAAGAAGUGAGGUGA